GAGGGGAAAACCGCGGUAUAUACGAACUGUCGAUUGAAUAUGCGAUGAUCAAGGCAGACUUUUGGGCGAGCAAUCUCAUAUUAUCAUUUACUUAAUGCUGUCGAGGCGGCAGGGGUACUCCACAAAGCAAACGGUUAAUGCGGAGGGCAAUCUAUAUGUAUGAUUUUCAUCCUUCGACUGCUUGCUGCUGCUGCUGCUGCAUUGGUCGUGGUCGUUAUGCAGGUUGAGAGGUGUAAUUGUAUGCAGAGGCGUGAACCCAGCCAGUCCCGUUGCGUACGGAAACGAACCUGUGUGUCACCACCUCUUUCAUCCUUCGGAACGUCGCUGCGACAGACGACGCGAACUAUCACCAACAAGGCUCAUCCUCGAAAAGCGAUAACCAUAACGAAGUAUCUUGCUUACAGGGCACAGACAACCCCUGGCAGAGUGAAAAGGGAAAAUCAGACGGUCCGUGCGACAUGUUUCUUGACGGGCUCCCGACUGUCUCUGUCCCUUAACACACUAGCUACCAAUAUCUACUCUGCUAGACAAGCAGCUAAAUCGACGGGCUAAACAAGCAGACAGCUAGUGCUGUUUACAAGCAUCUGGCCUUUAGCCGUCUUUACUCCAGCACCGUGUGUUGUUGGAGGGAUCUGAACGGAGAAUUUUCGGCCAGUGAUGGAAUUGUCGCCAUCGAGAGAACAAUCUAUCCAGGAAGACAACUUGACAAUGACGUUUAUACUAUGUCAAAAGGUCGGUGAGGAAGUAAGAGGAGGGCAAACCGGUGGCCUGUUCGUUGGUCCGCCCUUUGGUAGCUAGAAAGCAGGCAACUUAGUCCUCCGCCCUCCGUCGCUA